ACGGGGCCCAGGACUUGCUGGGCAGCUGGGCCCAGUCUGGAAAGGCAAAGUUCCUGCUUCGGCUUAUGGAGGUAACGAGAGAGCAGGACCUGAGGCUAUAUUUGUUCUGAGAGGUGCUCCCUGGAGCCAGGACAGCACCGUCAGUGAAGGUCUCGGCAGGAUCAGGAUGAACCAGACAGGAACUCCAACAUGGAGCACGGGCAGCGGGGACUGGACUCGGACCAGGUACAGCAGCAGCAGCUCAAACUGCGUGACAGGCAGAAGUUCUUUGAGGAGGUUUUCCAGCAUGAGGUGGAUUUCUUCUUCCCCAUGUCCCACCUGCAAAUAGAGCACAGGAGACCUCCCCUAGGCAGCAUUUCCUCCAUGGAAGUGAACGUGGACAUGCUGGAGCAGGUGGACUUGACAGAUCUUUCUGACCAAGACACUGUGGACGUAUUUCUCAGCUGUGGAGCAGAGGACAACAACAUUGCCAGUCCCCUGCCAGAUCCCAGCCAAUGCCCAGAUGAGAUCACCCUGCAAGUGCCCCACACAACUGAGAUCAAAUCGCGGAUCUCAUCCACAUCCUCUGCCUCCACAGACCUGAACAGCCUGGACACCAGUGAGGAAGGGGCAGAAACUCCUGUGGUGCAGUCGGAUGAGGAGGACCUGCAGGAGGACAACCCUAAACAGCAGGUGGUCAGAAGUUAGCAUCAAGCUCCCUGCUCUCUCUUCACCCGGCCACUGCAUGGACCUGCCAGCAUGAAAGGAAGGCUGCUGGCUGUUUGACUCUCGUAAAUCCCAAGCAGUGUCUCCAUCCUAAGCCGCUGCCUUCAAGGACUGGAGAUGAGUUCCCCCUCCCCCUGCUAGUUCAGCCAAGGGGACAAGAGUGGGGCCCAGAAGAAGAGGGAUAUCAUAGGGUACAGAAAUUAACUCUUCAGGCUUUGCUACUAACACUCCUGCUUCACCCACCUAAGCUGCUAAGCUCACCCUGGUUGCAGCUGCACCCAGUCCCUGCAAGGCCCCUCUGCUGGAUCUCGGCUUCCCUUGGCCCCUCUAGACAAACAUUUAACAGCAGCCUACAGAGAAAUAACACUCCUGUCAAACAAGCAAUCAGGGUGUGUGUGUUAUUGGAAGAGAGUCAUGGGUGCCCAGGAGAUGGGGGACAUGAGUUGUUUGGCCUUGGAAGGAGCUAGAGGAAGAGGCAAGUGUGGCAGGGGUGAAGUGCAUUGAGUCAGACUACAAAAGCAAACCUCCCUAGGAGAUGAGCUCACAUUUCAGACCCUGAAGCAGAGGUCUUACCCAGUUCCCAGCCCAGAGUCCUGCCUGACAAGCAGCACAGUCCCUUUAUCUGCCUACAACAUGUGGAUGGAGAAAAUCAACAGCCCAUUGAAACUAUGCUGGUGGUAAUACAGAGGGGGCUUUGUGGUGUUCUGCAUUUCUGACCUGCUCCAAUUGCAGGGGGAGAUGCCAUAGUCUCAGACUAAUAACAGACCUGACCUAGCACUAAGUCCACAGGAACAGGUAAGCUGUAACAUGACCCCAAAUGUGUGCCAGUGCAGUUCCCCAUGGAUCAGCCUGCCCCUGAUUCUGGCUCUCAUUAACAAGUGCAGCAACAGCAGUCAAAACACCUGAGUGAGCAACAGCAUAUGCAGCAUGCUUGUAGUAGCUCUGGCUGCGAUUCCUGAGAGGAAUCUUACACAGAGCGAAGAACAUGCUGUCACUAACUUGGGCUUGGCCACUGCUCUUGCCUUCUUUAUAACAUAGCAAGUACAGCCAGAGGCAGAUCAGGUUGGAGGAAAGCUGCUUCCACCAGGUGCUGCCAGACAGGUGUCCUGGCUUUAAUCCAGCUAUAAAAGGGGAAUUUGUCAUGCCCAUAGCAAAACUGGGUCAGCCAUAAGGAGAGGAGUCUGAGAUAGAAAUAACAGGCAUAGUGUAAUGUCCUAGAUCUUGGCUUCUUCCUUGGAACACUCAGAAUUUAACAGAACCUGGACUAACUUGUCAGCAACCCUGGCUGGACCAUGGCUGUAGCAGUUAGCAUCUCAUGUACCUUUAAGCUACAAGCCAGGUGCAGAUGAGUCAUGCCUCAGACACACAGUGCAGCUUGUAAAACACUUUAUCUAGAGGGAGUAGAGAGAAAAGAAAGGGCUGAAAAAAAGGAAGUGACUCAGGGGCUGGCAACUCCAGAGAGGCGGGACAGCACAGAAAUAGAUAAGCCCAGACAUCAAGGAAAUGAGAGCAAAACCCAUGGAAAAACAAGCAGCAAAUUGUCCUCAUUCAGCAAGGGCAGACCUCAACUGCAGAACUCAUUUUCAGCAGUCAGUGGGAAGAGCCUUGCAGGGAGCAGCUCAAGCUGGAAGCCCUCUCUUAAGCCUACAAAGGUUCCAACCAGUGCCCCCACCCAUCCUAGCCCACAUCCAGAUGCAACAUAAUGAGCUCUGAGUCUCCAUUCUUGUACUCAUUAGAGGCCUCUUCCAUCACCUAAGGUAGAGUUGACAAUACAAUCAUUGCAAGGGUGCAGCACUGUGGAUCUGCUCAAGGUACUUGCAGGUGGCCUCUGGUGGUAGGUGCUUUAGGGCCCCUCUAAAUGUGCAAGUAAAGGUGCGAUAGGAUCAGAUGUGCAAUCCACACAAUAAUGCUUUCUACCAUGCCACACGUGCAUGGCAGGAAAUCUGUUUGUGAAACUGCAAAUUAGUUCUCAUCACACAUGGUUGCCAGUGCGGGGGGGGGGGGGGGGGGGAGGGAGGUCCAGGAUCACAAUCCUGGGCUCCCUUUGCACUGGCGAGUAAAAACUCCUGUGGCUGGGAACCUUGUCAACUGGCAGGGCUCCCAGCUGUGGGGGCGUAGAUCCCAAAUUAAAGUUUAAUUAGACAUUCAAAUGAAAAAGUUAGAUGGAAACAGCCAUAAAAAGUUAUUGUACAUUUUGCAGCUCUAACUUCAUAGCUGGAUAGACAUUUUUAUGACUUGAUAGUUACUUUGCACAUAGCUGGUCUCAAUAAGUUGCACAGUUCACCUGGUAAUUGUAUAAUACAUGUAACAUGGAGGGGACUAUUUGAAUGCAUUUUAAUUACACAUUCAAAUUAAAACUGCAUAGAAACCAGCACUAGAGUUGUGACUUGUUUUCAAGCCCUAACUUUAGAGCUGAUUGCCUGUUUUUCUUUUCUUCUUUACAACUGGAGACUCAUUUUUAGCUUGUGAUAAUUACUUCGCAUGUGCAGUUGGUCUACAUUUAUUGCCCACUUCACCAGUGCAUUGCACGAUAAUUACUUGACACUUGUGGCCAGUUUAAAAUUUACUGCACAUGUCGCUAGUGAAUUGGGUAACGGCUCCUUGGCAGGAGCGGCAGGCCUACAUUUAUGGCACGACCGAUUUGUGAUUUUUUUUCUUUUUUUAAAGGAAAUUUUUUUGUGUUCCAAAUCAGACAAUUCGAUCCCAAAUUCGUGAGUCAUUCAAGAGCCACACGUGGCCCUGCUACUGGCAAGCGGCCCCACCCCCGCCUGGGGCUUCAGAUGCUUCCAAAUCCUUUGGCCGGCGUCCUACGCGCAGGCCCGAGCCCGGAGAUGGGGCCCCGAGUCUCGCUUGCCCUCAGCCGCAGGAGCGAGCUAGGGAGGCGUCUCCCGGUUCCAUAAAGUGCGCGUGUAGCCGAGACCCAGCUCCCACCCUACUGGAAGUGAAUGCGGGAGGCCCCAGUCUGGGCACUGCCCCAGCCAGCAACUAGGAAACCUGCCUUGGUGCUCGGUGCUCCCCCUGCCCGAUCCGUCACAAACACAAGCAGCGACUGCCCCGGACACUGCGCGACGCGCGUGCCGUGCAGCCCGCGCCGCCCCGGAGACCCGCCUGCACACAGCCGCGCCAGGCACCGCCGUCCGGGCGCGGGCAGAACCGCCCCGCCCUCCCGGCACCCAGGCAGGCGCGUCUCUAUGGUCGGCGCCGGCAGUACCUCGCCAUCGGGCUAGCGAGACGGAAGCGGAAGGUGUGGGCGUGGUGCGCGAGCUGUUGCUCAACCCGCUGCGUCCGGAGCUGCCGGGACGGGUCUGUGGCCCCAUGUCUGAGCCCCGGGCCUGGUUCUAGGGCUUGUCGCCGGGGGAGUCCCGCGGUGCUGGGGCCCGUCCCCAGGGGAGGCCGCACGGGCGGACUCGGCUGGCGCGCGGGGGCUGCAGUUGCUCCUGGAAGUACAGACGAGCCGGGCGGGAACGGCGCUCAGGUCUCGAGUCCAGGCCCGUCUAGACCAUCCUGAACACGCGUUUGUCCAGCCUCUUACCCGCGUGAGGAACCGGCCUCCCGCCCGGCUGCAGGCACAAGCGACCGACCAUCGCGACACGGACUCGGUCACGGUCCUGCCAGCGCGAGGAGAGGAGGGAGUUUGUGAAAAUAUGUUCGAGAUCCAGGGAGAUGGACCGUGCGGGCCUUGCCCCUGUUCGAUAGCUGCCGCAUUAUGGUUCUAGUUACGAUGCCCACACGUAUCUUUACUUCCCUUUCCUUGCAAUGGCCAAUUUCAUUUUUCAAGCACCUGAUGUAAGACUUAAAUUAUAGCAGACCCUUUACAUCUGGGGACUGGGGCCAGUGGCAUAAUCUGUGGUUUUCUUGUUCAGUGUUAAUAAAUCCUGGAAAGAGUUUA